AUGCAAUCCCUUUCGCUUGGAACCUCCGAUACGGCGCUCUUCAUCAACGGCCUCUACCACGACGUCGAUUCGGUGGACGUCUUUUCGCUGCUGGACACGGUCAAGGCGGAAGCGGCCGUGGUGGGAAAGCUGCACGCCCUUCUUGAAGGGGACGCCGAGCGGAUACGGAAGUUUGUGAAGCUCGAUGUGACGACGGAGAAGACGGAUUUUCAGAUUGACAUCAGGGAUGGGGCGGUGGUGUACAUUAAUGACAUUGAGAUGGAUCGAAUGUACAAAGGCUGGCCCAGCUCGCUGCACGAGAUGCUUCGGCCCGCCUACCCGGGAAUGCUGCGCAACGUCCGCCGGAACAUGUACCACCUGGUCCUCGUCCUUGAUCCCUCGAAGAAGGAGGCCUUUGAGGUGCUUCGCAUGGCCGAGUCCUUCUACAUUCACAAGGCCCCGGUUCGAAUUGGCCUCGUCUUUGCCGUGGACCGAGACUCGGAGAAGACCGGCUUCAACGAGGCGGGCGUCGCCGCCUUGGAGGCCUUCAACUACGUCGCCCAGGAGAAGAGUCCUUAUGAGGGACUUUCUUUCCUCACCGAGGUGAUUGCCAAUGCCAUGGCCAAGGGCCACCAGGAUCUGCAGCCCUCCGAUGUGAUUGACCACUUUAAGGCGAAGAUAAUCCCGCAUAAAAAGGCCGAAGAGGUUGAGGACGUCUUUGGGGCGGACUCCGCCUACGACACCGGCCGCCAGCUCGCCUGGGAGUUCAUCCAACGAACCGGACUUGGCAGCUCCUUUCCAAAGGCCCUUCUAAAUGGAGUUCUCCUUAAGGAGGCCCACCUCACCGGCGACUACUUUGAGGACGCCGUCCUCACGGAGAUUAUGAAGCAGACGCCGCCGCUGCAGAAGGCGAUUUACAAAGGAGAGCUGACCGAGGACGAUGACAUUCUCGACUGGUUGAUGAGCAAGAGUACGGUCAUGCCCCGGCUGAAUCGAGUCAUUUUGGGGCUUGAUAAGGGAGCAGGAGGACAGGCCAAGGAUAAGUUUGUCGACUUUUCGGGAGCCGUUUUGAAGCCGGGGAAGAAGGAGUCGGCUGUGGACUAUUCGGGGGCGAACAUCAACGACCUGCAGGCGACGAUAGCUGCUCAGGUCAACCUUGGAAAGCGACCCAACAGCUCAACUGCAUCGAGCNCUUCUAAACCAGAGCUGCUGAUCUCUGACGCCCUGGGCCUUCUGCCCACCGAAUAUCAUUCAGCUUUUAAUGAGCGACUAGCUCAGACUGCUUUAGAAAGCGACCAGACAGCUCAACUGCAUCGAGCCUUCUCCGGCCGAGUACUUCAACUUCAGCCAGUGGAAAAUUCCAACUCAAUUUCCGUCGUCCUCAACGGCAAAGUCCUCCAGGUGCCACCGGAGGAGCCGUUCACAGAGGACGACUUCUCGCUGAUGGAGAAGUACAUUGCCGGCCUGGUGACGGACAGGGUCACCGAGCUGCUGGUGGAGAAGGAGCGGUCUUCUGGAGCUCGAAAGUGCUCCGACCUGGUCCUCAAACUUUCCGCUGCCCUGCUGGCAAAGACCGCCACGAAGACUCGCUACGACGUUAGUGGGACGAUCAGCAAUGAGGACCACUCGGUGCUGGUGCUGGAGCCGAGGGCGCCGGAGGAGCCUGCCGUGGAGUUGAUUGCCAUACUCGAUCCGCUUACGAGAGGCGCCCAAAAGGUCACCCCCCUCCUCGAAACCUUCCACGCCGUCUUCAACGCCCGCGUUAAGGUCUACUUCAACGCCGUGGAGAAGCACUCUGACAUGCCCCUGAAGAACUACUACCGCCUGGUCCUCGAAUCGGAGCCCAAAUUUGACCCUAAAUCGAACUCCAUCAUCUCCCCGGUGGCUCGCUUCAACUCGAUGCCCCGAACUCCACUGCUCACCCUGGGCAUGUCCGUCCCCGAGAACUGGAUGGUCGAGGCGGUGGACGCUCUCUACGACCUGGACAACAUUCACCUGGAACAGGUGACCGACUCCUCGGUGGUCUCGGCCGUCUUUGAACUGGAGCACCUCCUCGUGGAAGGUCACUGCUUUGACCAGUCGAGCGGCAGUCCGCCUCGGGGCCUCCAGUUCACCCUGGGCACCUGGGCCCGGCCGGUUCAGGUGGACACUAUCGUCAUGGCCAAUCUAGGGUACUUUCAGCUGAAGGCCAAUCCGGGCAUUUGGUUGUUAAGAUUGAGAAGUGGGCGAAGCGAUGAGCUGUACUCGAUUGUCUCGGCUGAUGGGGCGGACGGGACGGUCAACUCCACGGACGGGACGGUCAACUCCAGUGAAGUGGUUCCGGUGGUCUCCAGCUUCCGGUCGCUGGUCCUCAAGAUCAAGGUCAACAAGAAGCCCGGAAAGGCGAACGAGGAGCUGCUGUACGACUCGGAUGAGGAGCGAAAUGGAGGAAAUGGAGACGAAAAUUCGAUUUGGGGCAGCCUUUCUCCUUGGAGCUCAGACUCGGAGAAGGACAAGGAAAAGAAGAAGUCUGGCACUGAAAAAGAGGAAGACGAAGACUCAAAGCGCAUCAACGUCUUCUCUCUGGCCACCGGCCACCUCUAUGAGCGCCUCCUCCGCAUUAUGAUCAAAUCGGUCCUCACCAAAACCUCCACCCCGGUCAAGUUCUGGUUCCUCAAAAAUUACAUGUCCCCGCAGCUGAAGAACGUCCUGCCCUUUAUGGCCGCCCGCUACGGCUUCCAGUACGAGCUGGUGCAGUACAAGUGGCCGCGGUGGCUGCAUCAGCAGACGGAGAAGCAACGAAUCAUCUGGGGCUACAAAAUUCUCUUCCUCGACGUCCUUUUCCCCCUCGAUGUAAAGAAGAUCAUCUUUGUCGACGCGGACCAGGUGGUGCGGGCGGAUCUGAAGGAGCUCCGGGACCUUGACUUGGAGGGUGCCCCCUACGGGUACACGCCCUUCUGCGACAGCCGCUCGGAGAUGGACGGCUUCCGCUUUUGGAAGAGCGGCUACUGGGCGACCCAUCUGCACGGGCGGAAGUACCACAUUAGUGCCCUCUACGUGGUGGACCUGGUGAAGUUUAGGCGCAUUGCGGCGGGGGAUCGACUGCGAGGGCAGUACCAGGGCCUCAGUCAGGACCCGAAUAGUCUGUCCAAUCUGGAUCAGGACCUGCCCAAUAAUAUGAUUCAUCAGGUGGCCAUCAAAUCCCUUCCUCAGGAGUGGCUCUGGUGCGAGACGUGGUGCGCCGAGGAGACGAAGGCGAAGGCGAAGACGAUUGACCUGUGCAACAAUCCGCUGACGAAGGAGCCCAAGUUGACCGGCGCCCGGCGCAUCAUUCCCGAGUGGACCGACUACGACAAUGAGCUGAGGGAGAUGAUGGACGAGUUUGAGGCUCUCCAGCGACAGAAGCAGAAGGAGAAGGUGAUAAGCUCGGGAAAGGGAGCUGAUAAGAAGAGCUCGGCAGCGAAGAAGAACAAGGAUCAUGGUCUGAAGGAGGAGAGGAUUAGGGGAACUUCCGCCACCGGAACUGAUAAACACGAGGAGCUGUGA